AAAAUUUUCCAACGUACCAAAGUACCGGAAAUGUAGAGUACGAAGAGCUCGUGUAGGUACAUGUUGACAACAGAUAGUGCAGCUGAAAACUAUUCAGUUAUAAGGAUUUACUCAGGAAAUACACAAUCUUGAAAUAAAGACAUGUCUGACAACGAAGACAAUUUCGACGAUGGAGAUUUUGAUGACGCCGAGGAGGAUGAAGGAUUAGAUGAUCUUGAAAACGUGGAAGAUGAUGAUCAGGAGAAUGUGCAGAUCUUACCUGCAGGAGAGGGUCAGCAAGCAAACCAGAAGAGGAUCACGACACCGUACAUGACCAAAUAUGAGAGAGCCAGAGUGUUGGGGACGCGAGCUCUCCAGAUAGCUAUGUGUGCUCCCGUGAUGGUGGAGUUGGAGGGAGAAACAGAUCCACUGCAGAUAGCAAUGAAAGAACUUAAGAGCAGAAAGAUUCCUAUCAUCAUCCGGAGGUACCUUCCUGAUGGAAGUUAUGAGGAUUGGGGCUGUGAUGAGCUCAUUAUCACUGAUUAAUCAACCCCUCCAGUCUCUACUGACAUAACCGUCUGUGGGUUUACUCAUGAAACAUUUAAGUAGCACUGUAUUACAUUUAUCACUUGUGAGCUUGUCAGAUUUCAGAUGAUACUGAGUACCAUAAAUUUUACUCAUUUUAAAACUACACUAUCCAUACGAGCAGCUAGAGGGAAAUGUAGCUUAGACAGAUUCUUUUUAUUUAAAUAACAUACACCUAUGUUGUAAGUAUUCCCAUUUUUGUUUGUGAAAAUUAGUGAUUAGUGUAAAAUAACUUUUAUUCUUAUUAAUAAACUCUUUUGUACAA